AUGCCACCCCUCGCCGGCUUCACAGACAACCCCUGGCUCACACGCGCCGACUUCCUAACCGGCACCACCGCUCUCCUCAAACCCCUCCACCCAUUCUUCUCACCUUCAAACGCCCGCAUCCGCCUCUCCCCAGCAACAGGCACUCACUUUGACGAAACCGCAGCCCAGCUCGAGGGCUUUGCCCGCCCUCUCUGGGCCGUCGGCGCCCUUCUCCUCAGCAGCUCCUCAAGCGACAAAGAAACCGCCGAUGCCUCUGCAGACCUCGACUCGCUCCUGCAGCCGUGGAUCAUCGGCCUCGCCAACGGCACGGACCCCGACCACGCCGAGUACUGGGGCGCCAUUUCGCCGACGGACCAGCGGAUGGUCGAGGCCGAGAUCGUCAGCUUCGCGCUGCUCGCCGCCCCGGACGCGCUGUACGGGGUGCUCGACGCGCGCUCCCGGAUCAACGUGGCGGACUGGCUGCGUGGCAUGGUGGGAAAACCCAUGCCGCUCAACAACUGGCGCUGGUUCCGCGUGCUGUCGGAGCUGGCCCUGAUCAGAGUGUGCGGCGUCUCUGGGCACGAGGCUGAGCUGCUCCGGCAGGAGAUGCAGACUGACCUGGCCGUGCUGGAUGGGUUUUAUUUGAAGGAUGGUUGGAGCGCGGAUGGGCCGUGGUUGCCUGCUGGGGCGGAGAGGGACGGGAGGGGGAAGGGGAGGAGGGUGGAUGAGGUGGUCGGUGCUGGCAGGCAGGUGGAUUACUACUCGGGUAGCUUUGCCAUCCAGUUCAGCCAGUUGAUCUAUGUGCGGUUUGCGGCGGAUCUCGAUCCGGAGAGGGCGGAAGUGUAUAGGCAGCGGGCGCGGGAUUUCGGGAGGGAAUUUUGGCGGUACUUUGACGCUGAUGGCUCUGCGAUCCCCUUCGGAAGAUCCCUGACCUACCGGUUUGCAUGUGGUGGCUAUUUUGCCGCUCUUGCCCUCGCCAACGUCCCAGACAUGCCUGCACCGCUCGACAGUCCAGGUGCCAUCAAGGGGUUUCUGCUCAGACACCUGAGGUGGUGGUCCCGGCAUUCCGCAGACAUUUUUGACUCGACGGGGGCGCUGAACAUCGGCUGGCUGUAUCCCAACGCAUUCAUGUGUGAGGACUACAACUCCCCACAGUCACCUUACUGGGCACUCAAGACCCUCAUUGCCAUCGCCCUCCCCGCAUCCGACUCCUUUUGGCUUGCCGACGAGGCUCCCUUCCCGUCCGAGCUGCUCGCGUCACAGCCCGUGCAGGCCAUCCCCGCGCCGGGGCAGAUCCUGUGCAACCACCCGUCCGGAAACCACCACUUCCUGCUGUCGGCGGCGCAGUUCGUCGCGUGGCCGAUGAAGGCCACGCAGGCCAAGUACUGCAAGUUUGCCUACUCGUCAGCGUUUGCCUUUUCGGUCCCCACCGGCCCGUUGAUCCAGCAGAUCGCGCCCGACAGCUGUCUGGCGUUGAGCAGGGACGCUGGGGAGACGUGGGUGGUCAAGUGGCGGUGGUGUAGCGAGGGGGAGCUGGUGAAGGCGGUGGUGGGAAUGGGGACGGGAAGGGGGGAGGAGGAGGAGGAGGAGGUUGUGGCUGCGAGGGUGGAGUGGUGGCCCUGGGGGGAUUUGAGCGUCAGAGUCAGGACGACGUUGGUGCCGCCGACGGGGAGGUGGCCUGACUGGCAUAUUAGGGUGCAUGAGGUGUUUGUGGAUGAUGGAGGGUUGGUGAGGGAUGGGUUGAGGACCGUCGAGGGUGGGUUCGCGAUUGGGAAUAGGAGGGUAGAAGAUGGUAAACAAGUCCCUGAUCUGGAGACGUUGGAUGGUGUCGUCGAAGUUGGGACUGCAGAGGGAAUCCUCCGGGUACAGGAUGGAGUCUUGGUGCUUUCCAGCGCAGGAGCCAGUGGGAUCCGAACCGAGACGUUGUUGAGCGGGGGCAGGACGAGGUGCUACCCGCUCAAACCAGACUCCAACACGAACCUGGCGAGCCAGCGGACUAUGAUCCCUGUGGUGGACCACGAUGUUAACGUUGGAGAGGAGGCGUCAGCAAGCAGGGAGCCUGUGGCCGUGCUGGUCACCAAAGUGUUUGCCAUCUCCUCGGAGGCAAACGGUGGGAGGAAGCUGACGGGGCAGACGCUGAAGGAGAGGUGGGAGAAUGUGCCAGAGUGGUCUGGGAUAGACUUUGAGAAGAUCAAGUAG